AUAUUUCAUAGGUGCGUUGGCUAAAACAUCGUUUGGGGUUUUGGUUGCAACAAACUGAAUCAAAGAGAGAGAGUAGAAAUGACCCGAAAACAAACCGGUAUGAAUGUUGUCUGAAAGUUGGGGUCGUCAUGGAUUCAUCGAUGGCUGCCGGCGAAGAGAACAGCGGUAGUAGGAGUUUUGAAAAUCCUCAAGACAUUGGGAGGUGGCUACUGCAGGCGUUGAAGGAGAAUGCUACUGCAAGGAGUGCCAUUCCUGACUUGGAAGAGAAAAAAAAUUCGUCACAUGGAAAGAGGAAAACAGUAUGCAAGGCCUUUACAAAGCCCAUUUAUUUUUUAGACCCAUGGAAUAAUAGGAAUUUGGUGAUUAUGGAGAAGGCUCCAGGAAUAGUUGAUCCUGCCAUGAACAUUAGGAAUCCAAUGAGAAAAUUCAAGCACCUUGCUAGCUUAGAUGCUGUGAAAUUAAGGGAGAUGCGUCCAGAUUAUAUACCGGUGAUCAUGGAGAAGGAUGCAAGGAGUGACGUUCCUGACGUUGACAUGAGGAGAUGUCAUGUCUAUGAUGGUACCCCUCUUAGGGAAUUUGUUCAUUUUCUUCGGGGGCACAUCCACUCUAAAAAACCUAUAUUUGUCUUUUUCAAGAACACUAAGCCUCCCAACAGUGCCUUGAUGUCUGCCAUCCAUGAGGAAAACAAGGAUGAAGAUGGUUUUCUUUAUGUGACCUACAGUGGAGAAAAAAGUUACAUAAAUGAGCACAGCCGUGGUGGGAGUUUUGACUUGGGCGAAAGUUCUUAUAAGCAAGAAAAUCAUCUAGAAAGCAUGCAAGCAGAACAGAACAAUCCAGACCCGAUACCAAUGAUUGUUGAGAAAGCUGCUGAAAAGAGUGACAUGCCUGACAUUCAAGAGAAAAGGUUGGCAGAGAAAAGAAGGAAAAGAGCCUACGUGGACAUAAUGAGAAAUGCGUUUGUGUAUUUAGAACCUUGGAAUUUGAGAUCAUACAAGAUGGCUUUGUCUUCCAGUCCUAGCAUGAGCGAGAACACGAGGAAGUUCUAUUUAGAGAGGUACAAGCAGUUAUAUGGUAAUCUUUCAGAAGAACAACGCACUUGCACGGACGCUAGACAGUUGAGGGAGAAGCGUGCAGAUUAUAUACCAGUGAGUGUGGAGAAGGAUCCAAGGGCAGACAGUGACGUUCCUGACAUUGAUGUAAAAAAAUACCAUGUCCCCCGUCAGAAAACUCUUGGAGAAUUUGUUGAUUUGAUUCAGAUGGAUAUUGCGGUCAGUAAAACAUUCCAUGUGCGUGUCUUCUGCAAGAACACUGAACUUCCUGCCGGUGCCUCGAUGUCUGCAAUUGACGACGAAUUUAAAGAUGGAGAUGGAUUUCUUCGGUUGACGUAUAUCGGAGAAGAGAGAGCAUGUCAAUCUGCCAGUUAACUGUUUUAGGGAAGGAUUUGGCAGUUAGUUUGUUUUUGUGAAUGGUGAUUUAUGUGACCAUCUGAUUGGGCAUGUUUGUUUGUUUGUUUUCUUCACUAUCUAAUUGGGCUCAACGGCCUCUCGCGAUGUCAAACUCGUCAUUCAUAAGAGUAUAAUUUCGUACCUAACACUUGUGAGAGAAAGGAGAGCUUAUAAUAAAAAUAAUACUCUACUAAAUUACCGGAGUAA